AGGAUACCAACAUGGAAAACAAAAACAAAACCAACAACAAUAGCAUCUGCCGUUGAUCUUGCAAGGAUCGGAUCGAACCGCGAGGCGUUGCUCCCGUGCACGACGGUUUCUGUUCUGUUCUGUUCUGUUCUGUUCUGUUCUGCGCGACAUGUCGUACGAAGAGUCCGGCGGCGAUGCCCUGAUCGCCGCCUGGAAAAAGGAGCAAGAAGAAGUCGCCUCCCUCGUCCGGGUGUACAGAGACGAUUCCSUGGACGAAAGGGUGGUGGCCGGGGAACAUCCCGGGUUCCGGGUCCUGCUGCCUCUUUUUGGCGAAGACGGCGUGUCCCUGCCCCGCCCGGGGAAUCCCGGAACGCCGGAAGCACCCAACAACAACUGCUACUACGGAGGACUCGACGUGAGCUUUUCCAAGCCGGCAACCCACGAGGACGAGCAAGAACACGAGCACGAGGACCAACACCAUCCGCUCGCGGUGGCGGUGUAUGUGGUCCUCGACGGGCGGACCCUGGAAACGGUGUACCGCGACCAUCUUUGGUGCGACCCUUCCUCCGUCCCCUACGUGCCGUCCUUUCUGGCGGCCCGGGAGGCCGGCCCCCUGGUCGACCUGGUGYGGAGRCAGCGGUCGGYCCUGCCGGAAGUCACCCCGGCGGCSCUCCUGGUGGACGGGAACGGGGUCUUCCACCCCCGCCGGGCCGGCCUGGCGUCGGUCGUGGGGGUCCGGACGGGACUCCCGGCGAUCGGGGUGGCCAAGUCCCUGCUCUCGCUCCCCCUGCCCCCGCCGGCGAGCGRUGGGGACGGCGAUGGAACCGGCAAUGGCGGUGGCGACCAGCGCUGGACCCGAGACGGGCUGGACGCCCGCAUCGACGGCCUCUUGGCACGGAUCCAUCGCUUUGCCGAAACGGGGGGCCUCGGCAGCGAAAACAGUGUGGGCCGCAGCGCGAAAGAACGACCCUUUGCUCCCGCRAAAGGUGGCCCAAGGGGAUGGAUCCUGGCAAACCYAUGGCUURCCGGUUGGAACGACAGCGGCGGCGAGGCCGUUCCGGGCCACCGGCCUUUUUUUCCACGAAGAGAGGUCCUCCGCGAUCUUUCCGGCCUCUGCCGAGGCAUUGCUUUMCCCCUCGAGGCCGCCGCCACGCACCACGAUCGCUGGAGCCGCGAAAGGGCUGGUCCGGGGGAAACGGACGAUCCGUUUCGGACCGUCCUCGGGAACGCCGUCGUCGGCCACGGAGGCGGCGGGAGGGCCCGCGGCAGCAACAGUAGGAACAACAGCAACAACAGCGGCAACAGCAACAGAACCACCGUUGCCACCAAGCCCGUUUUCGUCAGCGUCGGCCACGAGCUGUCCCUCGCGGAGGCGACCCGGAUCGCUGUCUCGCUGAGCAAAUACCGGAUUCCCGAGCCGGUCCGGCAGGCCGACCUGUACGGCCGGGAACUGAUGCGGCGUGCGAGCCAAGCGGGCAAAUGACGAAUCGAACCAYCGGCAAGGGAAUCGUUGCCACCGACGAUCGGCGGCUCGGCUGCGCAGUAUCGUACGCAUGCAGUUAUCGAAUGCGAGUGCUUGCAAACAAAGAUUCGGUUCUCUG